UGCUCCUUGAGUACGGUAAUGAUUAACAGUUAAAGCAGCGAAGCCGAAAUAAUUACGGGGGCCUACAAAUGCACUUCUGAUGUCUCCGUGUUACGACAGCUGCUACUUUGAAAAUUACGACUACCCCACGGAGAGGCAGAAGGAGUCACCAUACGGAACAUAUCGAAGCAACGAAACAUCGCCAUACAACAGCACCUCCGCCUACUCGAGCUCACCGUCCAGAGAUUUAGACUUUUGGGAGCAGAUGGAAGGAAGCGGAGGAGAUCAACAAGAUUACAUGGCUGCUGGUCCAUCCGGACUACAAUCCACGUCUCAUCACUGUCCGCCAGGGACUCGAAAAACAUCAACGGAAAUAGACGAGGAUAUCGAACUGAAUACGCUAUUCCAGCGAAUCCAGGAACAAAGCAGCCGUUUUGAGAGCACCAGUGGAGAGGCGAGAGCUCAGGGCACAUCAGGAAUGGAUCUGAACACGGAACUGCAAAUCAAAACGGAACCCUACAAUCCUUUGGCACCAAGUUCAGCGUUCCUCCACCCGUCUAUAAUGGGCAUACCUUGCGAGUUUAUGCCUCCGCAACCUGGACCAUUUGGACAGCAGCCAAAUCCAUUUGCGCCUCAAGCGCUAUUUUAUGGACAACAACCACAAUUCAGCCAAGCCGUAGCGGAUACAAGGCGAGGAAGUCAUGGAACGACCAGCAUGUUACCGCAACCAUUCGACUUUCCGACUGCUUCUACAGCAGCCGCAGCUUCUGUAGACGAAGAUGCUGAGAAGGUGUGCGCAGUUUGUGGUGAUCGUGCUGUUUGCUUUCACUACGGUGCUAGAACUUGCGAAGGCUGCAAAGGAUUCUUCAAGCGCACGGUACAGAAAGCCUCGAAGUAUGCAUGUGCUGGAAAUCGCAACUGUCCUAUAGAGAAACGCUACCGCUCCAGAUGUCAAGCGUGCCGGUUUCAGAAGUGCCUCAGUGUUGGCAUGGUGAAGGAAAUUGUUCGACACGGCUCUUUGUCUGGACGACGUGGUCGGCUGUCGUCGAAAACGAAAUGUCAUCGAGGUGACGAACAGCCAAGCCCACCAUUGCCGCUUCUGGCUUUGAUCGUCAGAGCACAUGACGCUUACAAGUCCACGCCAGCGCCUGUUCGAUAUUCCAACCUAACGUCAGAACAUGUGGUCAGUCUUUUGGAGAAAGAAUAUCAAACCAUCCAGAUGUUCGUAUCCAGUAUGCCGCAUAUUGACGAGAUCGCAGAAACUGAUAUUCCAAAACUGCUUUCUCGAACAGUCUUUGCUAUGAUGGCAGUGAGACACUGCUACCGCAUGGUAGAAGCAGAGCUGAUAUUUGAAUGUGGUUCACGAGUUCCACUAUCGGGACUUCCACCACCAUUUGUUGCGUUUUUUCGACGGGUGAUCGAAAAAGCGCCGGCAUUUAAGACUGUAGUUGACUGGGAACCGCAAUCGUAUUGUGCGCUUCAGGCUAUGCAGUUUUUCUCAGGUAACACAGACAACAAUCUGCUUGAUUUGCAUAGCAAAGCAGCCGCUGAUCAUGUUCAAAGCAAAAUCGUUAAUGCUUUGAAAGAUCACUGCAGUACCGCCCAACCGAACAAAUUGGCCAGGAUUGUUGAACAGGUCUACGCCUUCGACGAGUUUCACAUGCUAGGAGCCGAAAUGGUAGAAUGCUGUCUCGUUCACCACAUCAACUUACCACCGUGUCUCGUUCGCGUCACGGAGGUUCCGAGAGCCCCACUACGAAGUACAGAUCCCGUCCAACCACAGCUUCUACUUCCUCAGGGCAGUUCACAUUUCGCACCACUUACUCAUGCCUAUUGACGGUCAAAUGGUGAUGUCAACUCUUGAUCGGAUUAUAUUCAUUACUUGGUGCCAUUCACGAGAUUGUAUGAUGUCAUGACUGACGUCCAAUUUUCGUUGUUAACUCAGUGUAUACUAUGUGUAUAUGAGGUUUGUAUGUCGUUCUUGCUUUUCAGUCCUUCCUGUUUACAAGCUUUUUUCUCAUCACUGCAUAAUUUCUCAAUGUGCAACUAUCAAGGCAGGCAAAGAAAUAUCGGGCCCACUUAGUUUUAAUUCUAGGGUAAUGUUACCCCGUAGUUCGUAAAAUCAAUCAACUCCGGUUAUAUCUUUGAAUCGUUUUCAUCAUCGGCGUACCUCUGUCAGGGCCCGCUGCAAUCACAGCCGUCCA